UGGGGCGAGGCUGGCGCCCCUGCCCUGCCUCCUCCGCCUCCUCCUCCCUUCCGGGCUCUUCUUGGUGCUGGGAGCUCGAGGGAAGCUGGCCCCCAGCCCCGGAGUCCAGCCGAGGGAUGCCGUCGGGGACCAAGUGAGGGGAGCCCGUUUUGGCUGCUCUGUGGGCGCCUGGGAGGCAUGGCAGACCCGGAGGCAGCUGGACAGACACAGAGUAUGGGACCUCUGCACCGAACAAAAGUGGAUGUUCCCGACUAUGUUCUUUACACCGUAGGCUCUUGUGUUCUUGUAAUCGGCUCUAUUGGGAUUACAGGGAACCUUCUUGUCCUUUAUGCAUUUUGCAGGUUGGAAGCUUCAGCUGGAUGUUUAUUCUUCCUAGGUUCCUAUAUACCAGAGGGUUUGAUGAUAUCCUGCACAUGGGACUAUGUGACCUAUUCCCCAGCAAACAGAAGCUAUACCAUGAUGCUAUGUUGCUGUGUGUUCUUUAUCCCUCUCAUCAUCAUCUUUCACUGCUAUAUAUUUAUGUUUCUGGCCAUACGAACUACUGGCAGGAAUGUUCAGAAAUUAGGAUCAACCUAUAACCGAAAAUCCUCUGUCUCACAUUCCAUGAAGAGUGAAUGGAAGCUGGCAAAAAUUGCCUUUGUGGCAAUUGUGGUGUUUGUCCUGUCCUGGUCUCCAUAUGCUUGUGUUACUCUAAUUGCAUGGGCAGGAUAUGCCAGGACCUUAACUCCAUAUUCUAAGUCUGUGCCUGCUGUUAUUGCCAAAGCGUCUGCAAUCUACAAUCCCAUAAUCUAUGCAAUCAUUCACCCAAGAUACAGAAGAACCAUUAGAAGUGCUGUUCCUUGCUUGAGAUUUCUUAUACGGAUAUCCAAAAGUGAUCUUUCAACAAGUUCUAUAAAUGAUUCGUCAUUCCGGGCUUCUGUGUCCAGCCGUCACUCUUUCACUUCCAGGAACAAGAACAGUUGUAUUUCCUCCAUUUCUGCUGCUGAAGCAACUUGGAGUGAUGUAGAGCUUGAUCCUGUGGAGUCAGGGCACAAGAAGCUGCAAGCCUACCGAAGUAAUUCUUUUUCAGCAACAGCAGCAGCAGAAGAGAGUGGGUUGCUUCUCAAGGCCCAUAGCUGCAGUGUUCCCACAGAACAAAAGGUGGCUCUAUCCUCUAUCAGUCUAGAGGAACCACAUGCACAAUCCUUUGGAGGGAACAUCUCAGAACUGCUGCUCUUAAGUAGUUCUUUGAAAACAUCUUCUCUUCCGUUUGGCUUGAAUAGUAGCAGCACAGGAGGAAGUACAGAUACUUCUCAAGUGGAAGUUCAAGAAAGCCAAAUAAAUGGAAGCCUUGACUCUUUUACAAGCCCUAACCUUCCACAAAUUGUUAUAAUUCCGACCUCAGAGACCACUCUAUCUGAGGGGCAACGGGAACCAGAAAAUGGACAAGAGGAAAAUACAGAUUUAUUCUUUUCUCAAAGAAAGAAUCACCUGUUGGAUAUAGGAAGGCCUAGUUCCUCUACUGAACUCCUUGAAGUAAUUGAGAAGCUUCUGUCAUAAAUAUAGAAGAGGGGGAUUGUCUGAUCUCUUGGCUGCUUCUUUGCAUUAAUAUACCAAAAAUAAACUAAAAGAGCUUUGUAGAUUAAACAGAGAACUUUUUAUAUAUUAUUUUUUAAAUGCAAUCUUUAGUGCAUUCCUGAAUUUUAUGCAUUUUGUGGGAGUAAACUACAGUGAUAGAUGCUGAAGGCCUGAAGUAUACAUAGCUUAAGUAACAAGUGUUUGCCACUCAGACCACUAGUAUCUCACAGCAUAUGUACCUGGAAUAGAUCUGUCAGUCUUUGAUACCUUCAUGAACACUGCCAUUCAGGAAUGCCAAACAAACAUAUACCCUGCCAUAUCUACAAAUCUAGGAUUAAUUAAUUCAUGAAAGAAGUCUGGAAAUGUACCUAGCUCCACAUCUCUUGAUGUACUGUUUCCAGUAGUUGAUCCAUUAAGCGUAGUCUGAUAGAUUUGCUGUCAGUAAGGAAAAGGACAAAACUGUAUACAGGCAAUAUAUAGUUCAGCACCUUGUAGGUCCAUACAUGUAUUUAAAAAUCACUGGUGAGUACCCAGCUUGUUGGGGCAAUUGGCUUACACAUUGUAAACUGCUUAGGUAGUGCUAGUUCACUAAUAAGCUGUAUAGAAAUGUACUUGCUAUUGGUGCUUAAACACUUCUUUUUUCUUUGGCAGAAGCUAAAUAAAGAGAUAAGGGAAAGUAAGACCAUUGAGGAAAACUAUUGCAGUCACCAGCUCCAUAAUUUCCCAAUAGCAUACUAACAGUAGCAGGGGGGAAAUACCUCUGCUUGUGGUUAACAGUAUGUGGCAAUAGUAAUGAAUGGACUAUUGAUUUUUCACAUUAGU